GUCAAAAAUUAAUGUCAAAUACUCUUUAGCUUAGUGAUAACUAUUUUUGAAUAAAGAAAUACAAUUGGGGUUUGGUAAUUUUUGGUUCUUGAAUUGACUAGUGAAUGGCAUUCUUGGUGAAUCCCAAAAUCAACAAUCCAAUGAUUCUUGAAUUUUUGUUGAGCUUUCAUCAGUUUCUUGAUUUUUACUCGUUGGAGUUGUUUUAUGUUGUUUUACUUCACUUUAAGCAACCCCCUUUUCUCGCUUGCCUUUCUUAGUCCUUUUUUACGACUGCUGUGUUUCGCCAAGUUUUCGCACGUCUCGAUUAAAUUUACUGUGAUAUUUGCCACCUCGUAUCGCUUUCUUUGUCUUAAAUUUAUCUUCUUUGUAAUUGUAAUUUUUUUUUUUUCAAUUGGGUUGUUCAAGAAUUGCUUGAAAGUGGAGAAUUUGAAUUGAUCUUCAAAUGGGGGUGGCAAAAGAUUUUUCUUUUUUGAGGUUGUCUUAUGUUGUUUGAUUGUUUUAUGUUGCUUGACUUCACUUUAAGCAACCCCUUUUACUGUCUAUCUUUCUUGGUCCUAAAUUUAUGUUCUGUGUUUUAACUGUAAUUGGCUUUGUUUCUUGAAAUGGGUGUGGGAAAGGAAAAAGAUUGUGUUUAUUGAGGUUGUCUUAUGUUGUCUGUUUUUUGUUGUUAGGUUCUUUGUAAUUGCGACUGUAAUGAACUUUGUUUCUUUAUCUGGGUUGUUCAAGAAUUGCUAAGGUUAAGAAUUUGAAUUGAUCUUGAAAUGGGUCUGACAAAAAGAUUGUGUUUUUUGAGGUUGUCUUAUGUUGUUGGGAAAGCAUUUUUGGUGAACCAAAUCAACAAUCCAAUGAUUCUUCAUUUUUAGUUGAGCUUUCAUUUUCUUUUUAGUUGAUUUAGUUUCUUGAUUUUUGUUGUUGGGGUUGUUGUUUUGUGUUGUUUGACUUCACUUUAAGCAACCCCUUUUUUCUGUAUUUCUCUCUUUUGGUCUUAAGUUUUUUGUAUUUGUAACUGUAAUGGGCUUUGCUUUUUCAUUUGGAUUGUUGAAGAAUUGCUUGAAAGUGAAAAAUUUGAAUUGAUCUUGAAAUGGGUAUUGCAAAAAGAUUGUAUUUUUUGAGGUUGAAGAGGAGAAAAUAUGGAGUUCUGUUUAGAGUUCUUUUCAGUUUAUGGUUUGUCUUUGGAGGGUUUUGCCCAGUAAUGAGCCUCAGGCCUCUCAGAGAAAGAUACCGUUCGUGGGGAGAUGGUUGGCUUCUUGUAAGAAAGGAUGAGAAUGAAUUGGGGCCUUUUUCUGCUUGGAAUAUAACAGGAACUUACAGAGGGUCUUGGAGGUUCCUAGAUUCAACAAAUAACUCUUCGAGGUAUCCUGAUUUUAGGAUGUCCAAUGGCAACUCAGUCCUUGAAUUGAUAAGUAAUCCAACAAAAAUAACUGGUGUACAUUAUGUUCAGGGGGCAAUAAUUUUCCAUGAUGUUUUUGACAAUGAACAUGGAGUUGGUGGUGCACAAAUCAGGGUAGAAGGUGUAUAUAUAUGGCCAUUCAGACAACUUCGAAUGGUAGCUUACAGUGGCAAAGAUGGUGAGUUUGGCCAGGAAGACGAUUAUCUGUUAUCAAAUCCAUAUCACUGGCUUGGAGUUUUUUCAUCCCAGAUAUUCCAGGAGUCUUCUCGAGAUAAGAUUUGGAAAAAGAAACACUCACCAUUUUACGAGAUGGAGAAAAAUUGUAAUAUUGAAAUUGCUGCGCAAAUUACUCGUGUCUCAUCCUCUUCUAAUGAUGGAGCUCGUGACCAUUAUCACCUAGAAGGAUUGAUAGAGAGUCCUUCAGUGGAUGCUGACGGAGACUGUUUCUCACCACUGCUUUUGAAUGCUACUUCUGUCAAUAUAGAGGUUUACUACAACAAAGCGGUGAACUACACAUUGAUGGUCACAUUUAUAUCUUUUCUGCAAGUGCUCCUUCUGAUUCGACAAAUGGAACAUAGCAACACCCAAUCAGGAGCUGCCAAAGUUUCUAUUCUGAUGAUUGGACAACAGGCUAUCAUGGAUGCUUAUCUUUGUCUUUUGCAUCUGACCGCAGGGAUACUUGUUGAAUCCCUUUUCAAUGCUUUUGCAACUGCUGCAUUUUUCAAGUUUGUUGUCUUCUCGAUAUUUGAGAUGAGAUAUCUACUUGCUAUAUGGAAGGCAAAUAGGCCCAUGAAUAGUGGAGAGGGUUGGGAAGCAAUGAGGCGUGAAUUGUCAGUACUUUACAGCCGUUUCUAUGGGAUCCUUUUAGGCGGUAUAUUAUUCAUGUACGAGUUUCACAAGUUUUUGCGCCCUAUUCUUCUGCUUUUACACUCAUUCUGGAUACCUCAAAUUGUAACUAAUGUCAUUCGUGACUCAAGAAAACCGUUGCACCCUCAUUACAUCUUGGGGAUGACUAUAACUCGUUUGGCAAUUCCAUUGUAUGUCUUUGGCUGUCCUCACAAUUUCAUGCGUAUAGAGCCUGACAAGAAUUGGUGCAUCUGCUUGGGAGUUUUUAGUGCGCUGCAGGCAUCAAUUCUUCUGUUGCAGCACUAUCUUGGAUCUCGGUGUUUCAUUCCACGUCAGAUUUUACCCGAGAAGUAUAACUAUUAUAGAAGGUUUGAUCAGGGUGCAAAUCAUGCCACUGACUGUGUUAUUUGCAUGACUGCUAUUGAUCAUACGCAACGCUCAAAUAAUUGCAUGGUGACACCUUGUGAUCAUUUCUUUCACGCCGGUUGUUUGCAAAGAUGGAUGGACAUAAAGAUGGAGUGUCCAACAUGCCGACGUCCUCUUCCACCAGCUUGAAUAAAUGUUGUUUCUUGAAUUCAUAGUGAUAUAGAGAAACUUACAUUGCCCGACCAGUUUAGAAAGACAAAUUAAGUAAAGUUUGAAGAUGUGCAUAACAUGGACCUCUCUCGUUACAUGUAGCUUUCUCAGUCAUUUGAAGUGGGAUCUGAGAGAGACAAAAAGGAUAGAAGGAUUUCGACUUGAAUAUGAAGGGAUAAGCUUUGUUUCAUAGCAAGGUCUUGAAAAAGGAUUUUGUAGUGGUUUGGUCAAAAACCAAUUGAAGCAUGACCAUGGAGGGUCACCAUAUGCAUGUCUAGUGGCGGACGGAAUUAUGAUUUUCACCUAGGGAUGUCAAAAUAUUAGUAGGCAAAUUUGGAUUUGGAAAUCACGACACAAGUACACUAUAGAUAUGGGUUCUAUGUGAUGAAAUGUGAAUGGAAAAUGGAGGGAAGAAAAAUGAAGAAAAAGUGAAAAUGUAUAUUUACUUUAUGGAACAAGUGUUCUCCCAUAUUGGUGGGAGAAAAGAACUUUUUCAUGUUUAAAUAUAGAAGAAUUCCUUCAUGUA